UUCAACUUUUACACCUUUUGUAAUAAAACGUCUUUGUUGGAGUAGCUGUCUAACAUAGCUUCUUGUGCAGAAUGUGCUGACAGCUAGUGAUACAAAAUGAACGAGCCGUGUAGUGGAGUGUGAAUAGUGAAUAGUAAACCUAGAAAAUGUUCCUGGUGUAAUGCGAGCUCCUCUGAGGUGGGUGCUAUGGGAUGUGAAAGACACCCUGCUGAAGGUGCGUUCAUCUGUGGGAGAGCAGUACUGCAAGGAGGCUGAACAAGUGGGCUUAAACCUCAGUCCUGUGGAGGUCGAGACUGCUUUCCAUCAGGCGUAUCGACAUUAUUCCAACAGAUACCCAAACUAUGGCAUCGCACAGGGCCUGGGUGGACAGUCUUGGUGGAUGGGGGUGGUGCGGGACACGUUCUCCCAGUGCAGGGUGCAGGACCCAGCCCUGCUAAAUACAAUGGCUCACAACCUUUAUCAUAAUUUCUGCAAUGCAGAGAACUGGGAGGUAUUUCCAGACUCAAAGAAGGCCCUGGAUAGUUGUUCUUCUCUAGGACUGAAGCUGGGCGUGGUAUCCAACUUUGACAGCCGCUUAGAAGCAAUUUUACGUGCUUGUGGCCUGCUGUCUCACUUCAGCUUUUUGAUAACAUCAGAGGAAGCAGGCGUAGCAAAGCCCAAUCCAGCCAUCUUUGACCAGGCACUGCAGAAAUGUGGUGUACCUGCUGCCAGCGUAGCUCAUAUUGGGGACCACUAUGUGAACGAUUAUCUCACCUCACGAUCCGUGGGCAUCCGCGGGUUCCUAUUAGACAGACACAACAAGCAUAACCAACCUGAUGUUCCUCGAGAGCAUCGACUCAGCUCCCUGGAGGAGCUGCCGUCAUUGCUCCAGCAGCACAUGGACUAACGCCAAACAGUCAUGGGCUCAAGUGCAAAGCUACUCAGUCUAACUGUGGCUCAGUUAAGGAACUCAUUGCUGGGAUGGAGCCAUGUUAACCUGAGUGAACUCAACCUCUUCAUCACUCCUCACAUAACAGAUUAAAUGCCCCUAAUAGAAAUGUACAUAGAAAAAUCCAGAAUAAUAUAUGAACUAUAUGUACAGAUUGUAAUUAUCACACAUUUACUAUAAAUAAAUAGAGAGCAAUACAUUUCAAUUAAUUGUGUCUGUCACAGGAAACUGCCUCAUUUUCCUUUUUUAUCUGACAACAAAAUUUGAGACAGGAAUGGAUAAACCACUUAAAACAAUAUAAAAGAGGGAAACAUUAAAUAUCACAAGAACCCAACAGAUACAUUAACAUGGCUGAUAGUUCAUCACAAAUGUAUUGUUAUCAGCUGAUGAGUAACAAGAAA